AAAGUAGAAUUGGAGAUGGAAGAUACACAUUUUUCUUUUCUCUUUCCUUUUUAAUAACAGAAAGAUACACAAUUUUAUAAUUGUACAUUGUAAUAAUUACAGCCUCCAAAGUCUAAAGUGGGUCACUACAGUGGCACCUCAGCCUGUUGUUAAAAUGGCAAUAUCCUAGAAAGUCUUACUUCCACUCCUCGUCUCCAUUCCCAUUCCCUAGAUAGACCGACCUUUCUAUUGGCAAUAAUCCUAUUCCAUUCCGCAAUGUCAGCUUCCACCACCCAUUCUUGGACUCUCACUUCCUCUUUUUCUUUCCUCUGUUUUCUCACCCUUCUCUCCGGAAUCAAAUCAGACGACCUCCAAAUUCUUCUUAGAUUCAAAUCCGCAUUCCAAAAGUCCAAUUCCCAGUUAUUCAACUCAUGGGAUUCCCACAACACUUUAUGCACUUUCGCUGGAAUUAUCUGCAACAACAAAAGUUUUGUCACUGGAAUCGAAUUAUCGAAUCAGAACUUAUCUGGGAUUCUUCCAUUGGAUUCGAUAUGCCAGCUCAAAUCACUUGAAAAGCUCUCUCUGGGGUUCAAUUCCUUGUACGGUAAUGUAAUGGAGGACUUGAGGAACUGCACGAGACUGAAGUACUUGGAUUUGGGUAACAACGUUUUCACCGGACCCGUCCCUGAUUUGAGCCCAUUGACCGAUUUACAGUACCUGUAUUUGAAUAAGAGUGGAUUCUCUGGUACUUUUCCGUGGAAAUCGCUUGGAAAAUUGAACGGUCUGGUCCACCUUAGUCUUGGGGAUAAUUCAUUCGAACCAACUGCUGAGUUUCCCAACGAGCUGUUGAGCCUCACCAAUUUGAAACUUCUUUACCUCUCGAAUUGCAGCCUCGGAGGGGAAAUACCCGCUAGAAUUGGAAAUCUUGUGGAGCUUCAAAACUUGGAGCUUUCAGAUAAUAAUAUGACCGGCGAGCUACCGAAGGAAAUUGGAAAACUCACCAAGCUAUGGCAGCUUGAACUUUACAAUAAUAGGUUCACCGGAAAACUCCCUAUUGGGAUGAGAAACCUCACGAACCUUGAGAACUUCGACGCUUCGACGAACUAUCUUGAAGGAGAUUUGUCGGAAUUGAAGUUCUUGAAGAACCUUGUAUCUCUGCAGUUAUUUGAGAACAGUUUCUCAGGUGUUAUUCCGGCUGAGUUUGGAGAGUUUAGACGACUGGUGAACUUGUCUUUGUACACUAAUAAUCUCACGGGGCCUCUCCCUCUGAAACUGGGUUCCUGGGCAGAGUUCGAUUUCAUAGAUGUUUCGGAGAAUUUCCUGACCGGUCCGAUACCACCGGACAUGUGUAAACGAGGUACAAUGAAGAAGCUUCUUAUGCUUCAGAAUAAUUUGACAGGUGAAAUCCCAGAAAGCUAUGCGAAUUGUCCGACCUUACUUCGUUUCAGAGUCAGCAAAAAUUCCCUCACCGGCAAAGUUCCCGCCGGAAUCUGGGGAUUGCCAGCAGUCAAUAUAAUCGAUAUCGAGUUCAACCAACUGGAAGGUCCGAUUGCCUCUGAUAUAAAAACAGCAAAGAGUCUUACUCAACUAUUCGCUGGGAAUAAUCGGCUUAACGGGGAACUACCGGUAGAAAUUUCGGAAGCGACCUCGUUGGUUUCGGUUCAGCUAAACGACAAUCAUUUCUUCGGCAAGAUUCCGGCGACAUUCGGUGAAUUAAAACAUGUUGGCAAUCUUCAUUUUCAGAAUAAUAUGUUCUCUGGAUCAAUACCAGAGUCACUAGGCUCAUGUUUGUCUCUAAACGAUCUAAACAUGGCAAACAACUCUCUUUCCGGCCAAAUCCCUUCCUCUUUAGGAACUCUACAAAGUUUAAAUGCUCUAAAUUUGUCGCACAAUCAACUUUCCGGCCGAAUUCCGAUAACUCUGGCUUCUGUGAGAUUGAGCCUUCUUGAUUUAUCGCACAACUGGCUCGCCGGUCGAGUACCAGCGUCUCUGUCAAUUGCGGCCUAUAAUGGAAGCUUUGCCGGUAACCCAGGCCUUUGCAGUUCGGAAAUCAACUCUUUCCGGCGAUGUCCUCCUAAUUCAGGCAUGUCCAAGGAUGUACGUACACUCAUAAUUUGCUUCGCAGUAGGGUCAGCUAUCCUUCUGCUGGCUUUAGUUUGGCACAACUAUUUAAGAAAGAGUGAGAAAGAUGAUUACCAAGAUCGGUCUUUAAAAGAAGAAUCUUGGGAUUUAAAGUCAUUCCAUGUUUUAACAUUCACGGAGGAAGAGAUUCUUGAUUCCAUCAAGGAAGAGAAUCUCAUUGGAAAAGGAGGGUCGGGAAAGGUUUACCGAGUUCCUAUUUCUAAUGGCAAAGAGCUGGCCGUGAAGCACAUUUGGAACAACCUCGACUCACAAUUUGGCCGGCGAAAGGACCGGAGUAGUACGACACCGAUGCUGAGGAAAAGCAGCAGCAAGUCGAAGGAAUUCGAUGCUGAGGUUCAGACCCUCAGCUCAAUUAGGCAUGUUAACGUGGUAAAAUUGUAUUGCAGCAUAACAAGUGAAGACUCAAGCUUGCUUGUUUAUGAGUAUUUACCUAAUGGCAGCUUAUGGGACCGGCUCCACUGCUGCCGAAAGAACAAACUAGAUUGGAAUUCGCGCCAUGAGAUUGCUGUGGGAGCUGCCAAGGGCCUUGAGUAUCUCCACCACGGCUGCGGCCGGCCAUUAAUUCACCGGGAUGUCAAGUCCAGCAACAUCUUGUUGGAUGAGUUUUUGAAGCCUAGAAUUGCUGAUUUUGGUCUCGCCAAGAAUGUGGUUCAUGCUAGUAAAGAAGGCCAAAGCUCUACUCAUGUCAUUGCUGGAACUCAUGGCUACAUUGCUCCUGAGUACGGAUACACCUACAAAGUGAAUGAGAAGAGUGAUGUUUAUAGUUUUGGUGUGGUGUUAAUGGAGCUAGUGACUGGGAAGAGGCCAAUAGAACCAGAGUUUGGAGAGAACACAGACAUAGUGAGCUGGGUUUACAACAACCUUAACAACAGAGAGAGCGUAUUGAAUUUAGUUGACUCAGAUAUUCCAGAGGUUCUUAGAGAAGAUGCUAUUAAGGUAUUGAAAAUUGCAGUUCUAAGCACAGCUAGACUCCCUGAGCAGAGGCCCACCAUGAGGAGUGUUGUCCAAAUGCUUGAGGAGGCUGAGCCUUGUAAAUUGGUGGGAAUUAUUGUCACCAAAGAUGGUGCCACUGAAACCAUGGAGGGUCUAGAUGACAAGUUUCAUAAAAUAAUUACUUAGUGUUUAUUAUGUACCACCGCCGCGUAGCAUAUCUAUAAAUCGAGAUAACUUGUACAAUAUAUAAUGUAUUCGAAUUUUUAUAUUAGGGGUUGUUCACAAAAAAUAAACAAAAUAGAUAAAUAAACUGUAUUAGGGGGCAAUGUAGUGGUCGGCGGCAUAUUAAUAAUUUUUGUACCAGUUUUGGUGAUGAAAUUGCCUUAUAGUUAGCUUUGGACUGUAGUUGUUGUGGGAAUGAAGAUUUCCUUUUAAUUUUUUUGGCAA